CGGCGUGCGCGUUGGCGAUGAACAAGCUCCUCGACGCCGAGAGCGACUGUGAGAAGGCUACGCAGCUAAACUCUAAGUAUGCGAAAGCAUGGGCAAGAUUAGGCGCAAUCCGGAAGAAUUUAGGCCAGUGGGAACCAAGUCUUGACGCGUACAAUCAAGCUCUCGAGCUGCUGCCGGACAGCAACCUCUCGCAAGCAGACAAGAAUAUACAGCGCGAAUGCGAGCUCGAUAUCGAUUACGUCAAAAGCAAGAUGAAACAGAAGACGACCCCCAGUCCCAUUCUAUCGGCUGAUCAUGAUUUGCCUUGGGACAGAGUGCUGAAUUUGGAGGAGGUCGUUCGCGAAAGAGGGAGGAGUGGGACAUAUAGUAGUAGGUGGGUUUUGCUCGAAGCUGCUAUGGACUAUAACGAUGGCAUGCGGGCCAUGAGAAUGAUCCAAAAGAUCGUAACACCGAGCGGCAGGCCAGGUUAUUCGGGGCAAUUGGGCGCGAUCAGAUACCUGGUGAAAGCCCUUAUUACUGAUCACCGUGCCUUCCGAAUUGAGGAUCCAAAUGGUUACCCCCGGCUGUGCAACCUUCAAGCCGACUUUGAGGCGCAGCAUGACAAAGCUAUCGUCAGAGCAGGCGGCGCAGAGAACAUUAUGACUGAGGUGCUCAAAAUGAAAGAGACAGAGAGUUGGGACGUGUUACGUCCAGCAAUAAAUACUACCAUCCGUGUGUUCAUCUUCCGCGCUUUCAACGAAGGCAGUGUCGAACGCGAAUACGCGUCUGCAUUAGAAACAUACAGGAUGGUUAUUGAGCUCAUCCAACGGUGUCAAGAACUCUGGAAAGACGUUUCGCGAGAAGAGCGAGGAGAGGUAUUCGAUGCCGAAUUUUUGCGUGGUGUCAAGUGUUUGAAGCUUGAUUGUUACCUUAUGGCGCAUGAUUCGGAGCGCUUUCCCCUGGAGGGGCUCUACAAGGACGCACAGGAUCUGCUUCACGAACUAGACGCCCUUAAAGACGACGAGAAAUUCUCUCCGGAAAAAGACCCCGCGUCAUAUCUGGCAUUCUACGCGUACCCGCGCAGCCAAGCCCUCACUACGCUCGGCUUGUGCUAUCGCAAGAAAGCAGAGGCGCUGCCCACGAGCUCCGAGACAUAUCCUGAGGACGACGAACUGCACUGCUUUUAUCUUGCUUUUGCCUUUGACGCCCUGGUCAAGUCUGGAAGCGCACGCCUCACAGAGGUGCUCGACAUAGCACAGAAGAUCAAGAACACACUUCCGAAGAUGAAAGUUCUCUGGGAAAAGAGUGCGAUGUCUAGCAUGAGGGAUGUGACGAUCACGCAGACGCUUAUCGCUGAGGAGCAACUUCUAACGAUGCAGCGGAGCGGAAGGCUGAAGCCUACUGACACGGUGUCGAGGGAGUUUUUUAGGAGGUAACGCGAUAGAAA